AUGAAUGCUACAGCAAAACAACAAGCGCCCGUUGUGUCACCGGCUGGCAGUGACCACUUCAACCCAAGUGCGACAACGGAUGCUGACCUCGAGGCGAACUCACCAAAGAAGGCACGUAGUGACGAUCAUGAGCCAUACAUCGAUGCCACAAUAGUUGAAACCGCCGACAUGGAAGCGGAAGACAGAUCUUUGACCACGGUGACGUACAAGAAAUCACGCCAAGCGGGUAUACCCAUGAUUUUCAAGCUCACCGACCCGGAAGCGUCGUUUUGGAAAGCUUACCAAGAGCCGUCUUACCACAGGCCUGUCACUCCAUAUGCGCCCUGCAGGCUGCCGCGGCCUCGUCGGCCAGUGUGCCCGACCCCGACGGCGGCAUCGUCUUGCCUGCCCGAGGAACAGGGAGAGCUGCUCAAGGCGCUGUUGUACGGUCGCUGGAUCUCGUGGGGCGGAAAGCGGCCGCCGCCCGCCGUCGAGGCCACCAUACUGUCCACUGUGCCACCAGGGGUUGUCGCAGGCACGCCGAGGCAGCUUCGGUUGGGCGUGUCCUCUGUACCCGGCUGCCAAGUGGGCGUGUUCGCCGCAGACCACAUUCCGAAGGACACGCAGAUGGGACCGUACCCGGGCGCACCAAAGCCGGCGCUAGCCCUCUGCAGAGACCCGGCGCUCGUCUGGGAGGCCAUCGAUGGUGCCAGCGGCCGCGUGCGCUUCUUCGUGGACGGUGCCGAUGCGGUGAUGCCGUCGUGGAUGACGUACGUGCAGUGCGCCCGCCACGAGCAGGAGCAGAAUCUGGACAUGCUGCUGCUCCUUCACGAAGGCAGCCUCUACUACAGGGUCACAAAGGCCAUUCACCCGGACGAAGAGCUCCUGGUGUGGUACGACGGAGAGCUGCCUCACUACAUGGGCAUUCCGGAUGCCUUGCUGCCCUCGGACACUCCGGUAAAGGAGAAGCCUCAAGACGGCAGCAGCGGCUCUCGCUCGUGUGUCAACGGGAGCGGCAGCAGCAUCUACGGCUCGUCUACGGCGUCUAGUGGCGGCUCAGGCCGGCUGAAGUGUGUGGUGUGUAGGCGGGGCUUCAACUCACGAAGCAACCUGCGUUCGCACAUGCGCACACACACGCUGGAGAAGCCCUUCGCCUGCAAGUUCUGCGGCCGCUCGUUCAGCCAGUCCUCGACGCUUAGGAACCAUCUGCGGCUGCACACCGGUGAGCGUCCGUACAAAUGCCUGGUGUGCCAACGUGCCUACAGUCAGUUGGCGGGACUGCGUGCUCACCAGCGCAGUGCUCGGCACAGGCCUCAGAGUGGCGCUCCUCCUGGCAGGGAGUUUGGCGAUGAGGGAUGUGGUCGUGACGACGUCAGGUCCCGGAAAGGGCCGCUGCCCGAGUUGCCGACUCGGAAGGAACAGGCCCUGCCCUUGUGCCGACCCCAAGGACUCGCGACAGCGAACGCAUUGCAUAGCUCCCUGCUCUCUGUGUAGAGUUGCCUGCAGAAGCUCCUUGGUUCCAGUGUUAAACCGUGUGGGGACUCAAUGACAAUCUAGUGAGGAACCAAAAGCAGCAGUGAACACAUGUGCAGGUCUGAAGACAUUAUCUGCGGGCUGCAGGGUGUCUUGCAGCUGCAUACUAGAGCAAGGAAGAACUAAGUCGCUGGAAAUGCGGCUGCUUCAGCGACUUGUGUGGGCCUGUAGACAAGGAAAAAAGAGCGCAAUACCCUUUGGGCCAUUCAUGUUCAACUGUAGAAGAGGAGAAGUAAAAAAAAGGAAUUUAGUUUGCGGGAAUCAGUUUGCUUCGUCGCUCUUGUUGACCAUAAAUAAAUAAUGUAUGGCUUGAAGCGUCAAGAGAAUAAAAUC